AUGAGGAAAGCAGAGGCGAGGUCUUUCCUCUACGUCCUAGUGGGGAGCACGACGGUGUUCAUCAUGAUGCUCACCUACAAGGCAGGGCUGAUGGUGGAGCGGAAGAGCCCGGGAGGGGGGAUGUAUCUGCCUUGGAAUCGGAGGCUGGCUCAGAAGAGCCCUUCCCUUCCCCUCAAUCCAUGCAGUAACCCGCUCGGAUCUCAAGCUUCCUUGCCCGUGAUCUACGUCGUCACCCCGACGUAUCCCCGGCCCACGCAAAUCCCCGAAUUGGUUCGUUUCGCCCAGACCCUCAUGACCGUCCCGAACGUGUUCUGGAUCGUGGCAGAGGAUGCCCCGAUUUUGAACAUCCGGGUCGCCACGUACCUCAACAGUACCGGGCUCCCUCACACUUACAUCGCAGCCCCGAUGCCGGAGAAACAUCGGAAAAAGAAAGUGAUCCCAAAAGGAGUCUCCAACCGGCGAGCAGGGAUAGAUUGGAUUCGCAGGCACGUCGAAGAUGGAGUCAUGUACUUUGCGGACGAUGACAACUCCUACGAUCGGCGUAUAUUCGAAGAGAUGCGUUGGACGAAGAAAGUGUCGAUGUGGCCGGUGGGCCUGGUGACCCACCUGGGCGUGUCCUCGCCCGUCGUCAUCGACGGCAGAGUCAUCGGUUUCUACGACGGGUGGUUCGGAGCGCGCAAGUUCCCCGUCGAUAUGGCCGGAUUCGCAGUCGGCAUUCCAUUCCUACUCACGGUUGCCAGGCUGCGGCGACCCGAGGUGACUCGCACCGGCAAGUUCGCACAUCAUCGAUCCGGGGUCAGGAGCUCUGACCGAGAUUAUCGGCUUUUGAUGCACAAGGCGGAGAUGCCCUACAGGGCGGGCUACGAGGAAGACGGCUUCCUUCAGAGCCUCAAGAUCUCGAAAGCCGACAUCGAACCCAAAGCCUCUGGCUGCACUAAGAUUUACGUGUGGCACACGAAAACCCAAGCCGCGAGACCGGCGCCGACGAUCGCCCGGAACAGAACUCACUUCUCGGACUCGAAUCUUCCCUCCUUGGAGAAGGAACUUUUCCUCAGGACUUGAUCUCCCCACGUCGGGGGAAGCCCUCGACGCGAACCAAAGAGAUUCCGCCUACGGCCCUGCCAUGCUUUUGUUCUCUAUAUUACCAUGCCC